GCGUAUGAUAUUUAGCUAAGAAUGUGGAUCAAGGCAGUCGCAUUGUUGAGUUGCGUCUGGAAGUCACUGGUCAUGACUUUCGUCGCUCUCGUCGUUUCGUUGUAAUGCUCGUUGUUUGUUUCUCUCUCUUCUGUCUCGUUGACUUUCCAAACGUUCACUCCGCUCCGAUAGCAACGACGCCACCAUUACCAUCACCAUCAUCAUCGGACGUGCUCGUUCUUUGUUUCUGUUUCUUUCGUCUCGUCGUCUCUGCUCCCAUAGAAACGACGCCUGCGCACGCAGCGAGGCUGACGGCACCUUCGGACGGAAAGCUGGCUAUAAGCUGCUUGUCUGGAAAUUGUCAACAUGACACCAUGUCUGUUAUAGUUGGAGGAAAGAUACAUUUUCACUGUCUAACAGCAGAAGGACAUGAUGUGUCUGAACAAGUUUUCUGGUUCCACAAUGGCACAAAUAUGUUGAACAGACCUUGUAGUACUAAUAGUAUUACUCUGCAAGAACCGUGCAUCAUGUUGGGUACACACUUUGAGACACUAGUUAUUAAUUCAUUGUCGACAUCUGAUGCUGGAAAUUACAAGUGUUGUUAUGCUAACUGUGUUAACUCUUCACAAGAUAUCUCAGUCACUCUACUCCAGACAUUGGUCAUCACAGAACCAAUACUGCCAGAGAAACAACUCUCACUUGCACCCACAACAAGUACUAACACGAUGAGAUCAACAUCUGCAAUCAACACUCGUGCACCAUUAGCUACUGAAUCAUCAUAUCCUACGUUCUCUGCUUCCAUGAAAGGGACUGAGGUGUCUACCAGGUUUCAGAGUGUUACAGCAGGGAUCAUGUCUCAACCUAUGGAGACGACAAUGGUGGAUCCUGAAGCUACGAUGUACUUCAGUCCUACUAAAUUUGUGGUGGACGAAGGUGUCAUAGCAAGCAACAAAGAAAGUGGAGGAAACCUUGACGAAAAAGUGUCAGCCAUUGCUGGUGCUUUUGUCGGUGGUUUUGUCAUCGUCGUCAUCAUCUGUGUGCUAGUGUUCACCAAUAGAUGCAGACAACCACCACAAGGAAAUAGUAGCGAAGAACCUCUAUCUCAACCAUCUAACUCUCACAAUAUCACUAGCAACGAAGACCGUCCACAACAUGAUGCUCCCGUUUUGCCGUGCAAAGACAGCUUGGUUCGAGCUCAUGACCUUCAAGACAUGGAGAAGCGAAUUAGAGGUGAUAUUAGUCAAACCAGAAAUCAACUGAGCAAGCAAGUAAAAGAAGUCGGAGAUGAACUUGCUGAACGUGGCAAUCAACAGGGAGACACUAAUAAUGCAUCUAUUGUGCAUACAAGUUCCAGCCGAACAGAAACAGUCUUAUAAUGUUGUAUAAAUAUUAAUUUUGUAUGCAAUGUUUUGAGGCCGGGGUUUCCUCAAUUACUAGUUUGUAUUAUAUAACUCGAAUUCGACUAAUUAAUGACAAGAUUGAU